UUUUUUUUUUUUUUUUUUUUUGCCAGUCAAAAAAACUCUUUUUAUAAUUAUACACAAGAAAUGCCUACCACCUAUAUUCCUACCAUCGUAAACGAUAAUGCUCAUGACGAUGGUAUUUGGGACGUUACUUGGUCCAAUCGUACCAAUUUAGUCAUCUCUGGUUCCGAAGAUAACACGAUUAAAUGCUGGGAUGGUACCUCAGGCGAGUUGAAAUUCGAACUUACUGGUCAUGCCAUGGGUAUUAUCUCUGUCGAUGCAUCAGUCGAUGGCACACGUCUUGUUUCUACCUCAGUCGAUUCCAAUAUUCGCAUUUGGGAUCUCGAAAACGACGGAGCCCUCAUCAAAUCCAUCACUGCAAACCCUGUCGAGGCUUGGAAAGCUAAAUUCAGUCCUGACGCUAGAGUCGUGAUUGCAGGUUCUCAUAACGGUGAUAUCAACUUUUUUAAUGUCGAGUCGGGAGAAAAAAUAAACACUUUGUCUACCAAAAACAUGUUUCUCAUGUCGGUUGCUUAUAGUCCUGAUGCAAAAUACGUUGCUGGUGGUGCUGAAGACGGGGCCAUCUAUGUAUUUAAUAUGGAGACAAAUCAAUUAGCACACACAUUAUCAGGUCAUGCUAUGGCGGUGCGUACACUUUCAUUUGCAAGCGAUAGCAAAACAUUGAUCAGUGGAAGUGACGAUAAAUGUAUCCAUGUCUAUGACGUUGAGCAUGGGCAAUUAGCCUCUACUUUGACAGGUCAUGCCGAUUGGAUCCUGAGCGUUGCUGUGAACCCUGAUAUCAGCAAACAACAAUUAGCCAGUUGUGGAUCAGAUAAGCGAGUCAAGAUUUGGGAUCUUGCAUUGAGAUCUGUAUUAGAAACACAUGAAGUGCAUUCGGAUCAAGUGUGGGGAAUUGCCUGGAACCCUGAAGGAACAAAGUUAGUCUCUUGUUCCGAUGAUAAGUCUUUAAAGUGGUUUGCCAGCAGUGGUUCUUCUUAAAUUCAUCCGAGACCCGCACAGAAAUAAAUAUAUUAUAUUAUUAUUAUUAAAUUCAAC